AUGCCUCGCCUGGAGCCUAUUUCUAUUGCUCCCAGUCCAGCUGAGGAUCGUUCGGCCCACGAUGCAAAAUGGACAUCCACCAUCAUUGUCGUCGCUUCCUUUGUCAUCAUCUUCACUUGCUGUGGCCUCAACUUUGCCUGGGGUGUGUACCAGGCCUUGUAUGAGAGUCUGUCAAGGAAGCCCGGAACCCCCUUCACGGGGGCGACCCCUGCCGAGAUCGAUCUGAUCGGUACCAUUUCCGUGUCCCUCAUGACAAUCGGCGCUCCUUUUGCUGUCGCCUGGGCCAAGCGCUUCUCUCCUCGCAUGGUCUCCUUUGCCGGCGGCUUCAUCUUCGGCGUCUCCCUCGUGCUUGCUAGCUUUGGCACCCAGUUGUGGCAUUUCGAACUGGCGCAAGGGCUGCUGACCGGGGUAGGUACUUGCUUAUGCUACAUGGUACCCGUGACCAUUGCCCCAACCUGGUUUACCCACCACCGCGGACUUGCUAUGGGCAUCAUCUUAUCGGGAACCGGCGUAGGCGGACUGGUCUGGGCGCCAGCUCUGACGGCCUGCGUGAAAGCCCUGGGCUAUCGCAACACUCUGCGUCUGACCGGGGCUCUCUCCGUUGCCCUCAUCUCCAUCGCCAGCGGCGCGAUGGCCUGGGAGCCCGCCAGCCGAGCACAAAUCGAACUGGAACACUCCACCAGAACCAGUCGUGCCGACGGAAUCCUUAAAGUGCCUCUAGUGGACUGGCGGGUUGCCCGGACACGUCGGUUCAUGGCCCAAGCCCUAAGCGCUAUCUUCCAGGCGGCCGCCUAUUACACCCCGGUGUUUUUCUUUGCCUCGUACGCGCAGACCCUGGGAUACAGCACCACCGCUAGCUCCAACUUCAUCGCUCUCAGUAAUGCCUGUAAUGCCGUGGGCAAGAUCAUCAUCGGCCAUCUGGCCGAUCGCCUGGGACGACUCAACGCACUCUUCCUCACCACUGGUUUGAGUGCGGUCGCGACCACUGCAUUUUGGCUACCAUCGACAUUAUCCGGCGCAACGACACAGUCGCAGGGGCUGUUCAUCACCUUUACCAUCUUGUACGGGACCUUCGCGAGCGCAUAUGUCUCGCUCUUCCCGGCGAGUCUCGUGGAGCUCUUUGGCGUGCAGAACUUUGCCUCCGUCAAUGGUGCCUUGUACAUGGUGCGCGGGAUGGCCACGAUGAUCGGCACCCCGGUCGGAGGAGUGCUGGUUCGCAGCGCGUCGAAUGCUCUGGGCCCUGGAGCGUAUGAGAAGAUGUCGGUGCUGGUCAGUGUGCUUCUCUUUGCGGCCACGGCGGGAGUCAUCUGGGUUCGACUGGAGGCGAUGAUCGGGCCGGAUGGACAUGCUAUUUGGAAAUGGCGACAGUAG